AUGCCAUCUCCACAAGCCUCCUCUACACUCACCUCCGAAGCUACUUCAACAAUCCACCAAAUCCAACAAAACCUCAAAACCCACAAAAUCGACCACGAGGAAUACCUCCUCUCAAUGACCGACGCCAUCAACCAACUCGCGCAGUCACAAAAGGAAUUAGAGACGCGAAACUCGGAACUAGAAAGCGAGAACAGGAGAUUGAAGCGGAAACUCAAUAGCGCGAAGGACGUCGUGAUGGGGUUGCAGGAAAUUAUGGGCGGUUUAAAGGAUCGGGAUGAGGAAGCGAUACCGAUCCGUGAGCAACUCUCGGGAGUGGUCGAUUGGAUGUUUAGGGAGUUGAAGUGGCUUGAGGAUUGGAUUUGA